AGACUACAGGAUGCACGCCUGACCCGGAGGACAAACUACACUCCGUUUGCAACUGUGCAGGCAGCUAUAUCUGAGGAACUUAAGGGAUCAGGCCAGCUCUUAGGAUACCGAGCAAUGUGUCAGACUCUGAGACAGAAGUACUCUCUUAUAGUCAGAAGAGAUGAUGUGAUGCGCCUAAUGGGAGAACUGGAUCCGUCCGGAAAAGAAAAUCGCUCUAGACGCAGAUUCGUCCGGAGAGCAUACCACUCAAUGGGACCCAAUGACGUCUGGCAUGUUGAUGGCUAUGAUAAAAUGAAACCUUUUGGGAUUGCAAUUAGUGGCUGUAUCGAUGGAUUUUCUAGAAAAAUCAUGUGGCUGAAAUGUGGAAAGUCUAACAAUGACCCUGGCAUAAUUGCUCAAAAUUACAUGCAGUGUGUAGCUGAGUUUGGAAUUAUUCCAAUGCGUCUCCGCACAGACUGCGGCACAAAAAAUGGACUGAUGGCAUCACUUCACUGUUCCCUGAGAUCAGAGCAUGCAGAUGAGUUUGCAGGAGCCAAAAGCCACAUGUACGGCACUUCAACAUCCAACCAGCGCAUUGAAAGCUGGUGGUCCUACUUUCGGAAACAAAGGAGUCAAUUUUGGAUGGAUCUGUUCAGUGACUUGAGGGAGAGGCAUCUCUUCAAUGGCAGCUAUCAACACAUAAGUUUGGUGCGAUACUGCUUCUUGGGUGUCCUGCAGAAUGAACUGGAUGAAUACAAGCAAUUGUGGAACACUCACACUAUUCGUCCAGUUCGCCAAUCUCAAUGCCCAUCUGGUAAACCAGAGGCUAUGUACAAUGUGCCUCACAGAUUUAACGGAAGGAAUUGUGGAUUCCCAGCAUCUACACAAACCCUGAGCCAGUUUGACAGCCUCAUGCCAGCGCCAGCAACUCCUGGUGGAGAGGAUGAACAGCAAACUCGCUUUGAAGAACUGCAGAGACAAAGUGGUUUGACAUCUCCUCUACAAUGGGAAUCUGCUGUAGAGAACUACAUCACCCUGAAGAACAUGGCUGAUCUUUAAUGUACA